GUCUGUUUGCUCAAAGGACUGUCAUCAAAGCUAGCUUGAAGACCAUGAGCUUUUGGUUCCUGUCAGCAUUGUGCACCUAAACACUCCAGAGCAGCAUGGGCAGUCGGCCCAGUAAAGACCGGCGCGGAUCCAGCGCACAUGCUGUUCUCUUGGACACGGAGGAAAGAGCUGACCCGCUCUCCAUGGACAUGGGUAGAUUCGUGGUGGUGUCCCUGUACGACUAUCCGUCCAGAGGUCCAGGGGACUGUGCCAUCAGAGUGGGAGAGAGGCUCAACAUUUUGUCAGAUGAAGGAGAGUGGUGGAAAGUAAGUUCGUCAGCCACAGGAAAUGAGAGCUACAUCCCCAGCAACUACACCGCCAAAGUGUACAACAGGUGGCAGUUUUUGGGUCUCAGCAAACAGAAAGCAGAGGAACUUUUGAUGCUCCCCCAUAAUCAGCCCGGCUCCUUCCUCAUCAGAGAGAGCGAGACCUUCCCAGGUCACCACUCUCUGUCAGUGCGUAAGAGCAGCUCUCAGGAGCGCGCCUCUGUCAGACACUACCGUAUCAGCUGCAUCGAGAACGGCUGGGUCUACAUCUCACCCAGACUCACCUUCAGGAGCCUCGCAGACCUGGUCGCACACUAUUCAGAAGUAUCGGACGGGUUAUGCUGCACUCUCGGGGAGCCGUGCUUUAUCCUUGGAUCUAACAAUGUUCCCGUUGUAACCAGCGCACCUCCGAUUGCCAUGAAGAGGCCCACUAUAAACUGGAAAGAUGUGGACAGCUCCAUGAUCUUCGGGCAGAGUAAAGAGGGUGCGGAGGAGUCUCUGGUGAGCGAAGGACUGAAGGAGGCCAUCAACUCUUACCUCUUCAUGACGGAGGAAUGCGAGGACUGCUGUCAGCUCUGGAAAACAUGAGAGGAAGAUCGCAGUGAGACUUGGAGGACGAGUGUUUGAAUGACUUUGGAUUAUUGAUGCUGGAAUCUGGGAUGACACACUUCCAUACAUAAAGAAAACUGACCCAGACACGAAAAAAUAACCCAAAAAUGCAUCUAAGCAUCUGUUUUCAUUCGUGUAUUUCUUUGAAGAGAUGCGUAAAAGUAGUUUAAGGGCGAAAGCGGCGUCGGAUGAAGCUCCCGGCCGAUGAAGCGCACUGACUCAUUGCUGUUCUUCCAGAGUGGGUGAUGCUGGAGACAAAGCUGUCACAGUUUCCUGUGUGCACUCGUUCCUGGCGGACAUGAAAGAGAGCAUGACUGAAGGAAAGAACGACAGAGGAGAGUGGGAGGGGGAACACAGCUGGGUGGCGUACGCAUCCAUUUCCACGCCUCUCACACUUUCUGGAACGUUAUCAUGACAUGAAUGUAACGUAUUUGUUACAAAUAUCAUCGCAAUCAUAGACUGGCGAGAUGCAUAACAAGACCUCCAGAGAAGCUUUAUCCGUGAUAUCAAAGAUAUUGUGAUAUCGCUUUUUGUUGAAAAUCCCAAACAAAAUACUUAUUUAUGGCAUAAAUGUUGUGAAUCUUUGUAAAUAUAUACAGUGCCUUAAAGGGAUAGUUCACCCCAAAAAUGCCAGUUUUGUCAUCAUUCACCCUCAUGUCUUUCUUGUGAAAAAUAUAUUUUAAAGAAAAGGUUUGGUUCCCAUUGACUUCCUUGAUAUUUUUGACCAUACAAUUGAACCAAAACUUUGCCACCA